AUGUCUAGUUAUGAAAAUGAUUGUUCCGUCAGUGUGUGAUUCUUUCUGUAUCAUGCCCUACGGAUGGAUGCUUUAAAAUUAGUUUCGACCAUUGGAAAUAAUUCAUCCUUUGGUCAGUCUGCUUCGGACAUUAUACACGUUGAAGAUGAAGAGGACAUACAUGUUACAACAAGUUCCCGGAUUUCCAGCCCAGAUGAUCAAAAGAAGCGGAGAGGCAAGAAGAUAUCUGUACUACAUCCUCCUGAUGGCGGAAUACCUGCAUGGAAAAUGGUCGGCGUUUGUUUCUUUUUAAACUUCUGCAAAGAGUUCAUACGAAAUAUAAUUCUACAUUCUGAUGGUUUCUCGGACGAAGUAGGAAAAGAACUUGCACAGGAUAUAUACAAUGUUUACAGAGGUUUUUCAAAAUUUGGAGGUGUAUUUGCGGCUGUUAUAUCAAUUCGGUACGGAUACGGAAUGGUAGGAAUUAUAGGAUGUAUCACUGCAGCUUCCGGUUUACUGUUAGCGUCCCUGUGUACAACAUCUCUCCGGGGUUUGAUAGCAUUGCUAGUUAGCUGUGUUUCCGGAAUAGGAUCCGGAUUUAUGGAAUAUGCGAUUCUCGUUGUUGUUUUAGAAUAUUUUUCUACCAAAAGAGUGAAAGUAAUAAUUAUUGUUAAUAUAGCAGCAACGGCGGUGAAUGUCGUAUUUUCGGUACUGCUGGAAUUAAAGAACCAUUACCCCGAAUUAGUGUUACCAUGGAGCUUAACCUUUCGUUACCAAGCUAUAGGAAUGGCAGUUGCAGUAAUAGCCAGUGGUUUUAUACGCACCCUUGACCUUGAACCGGAACCGGAUAUUAAAAAGGUCUACCGACAUCAUCAUCUACAGUAUUCAGACUUCUCACCAAAAGACUGGAAUGGCUUGGUGAAGGAUCUCACUUUUUAUCUGUACAUUGUGUUUUUCUUGUUAUAUGAUUUUGCUGAACAUCUUCCGGAUAUUAGAGAUUUAACUGAAAAUCAAAAAUCGGCGUUUGAUUCUGACCAGCUAAUGACAGCAAAAUUUGUGCCUUAUAUGGGAUUUGCGUGUGCCUCACUAGUAAUGUGCGCUUGGAAGAAUCAAACACUUUCCAAUAUAUUAGCUGUUCUUGGGCCAAUUAAUUUUAUUGCUGGCCUUGCUACAUGUGUAAUUUUGCCAUACACAGACUUUGGCCUUAUAGUAUUUUAUGGCAUAAUAUUUGUAGUGGCUAAACAUUGUAUUUUGUGGAUGAUGUUAGAUGUAAUACCGGACGAAUUCGGAAGGAACAACACACGUGUAUGUCUAGGCAUUGUCUGUUUUGUAGCAGGGGUUUGUGAAAUGGGAUCCGCCUAUGCAAAAGAAUCAGCAGAAGACUACAUAGAGAAAGAGACAGAGAAAUUUAAAGCAGUCUUUAUAUUAUCUGGUGCUUUAAUUAUGGCUUCCGGCUUGUUUGGUAUAUUUAUCAGAUGUCUUAUUGUAUUAUAUAAAGAUCCAGAAUAUCGUCGUCGCAAUGGUGAUUGCUAGUAUCACGUGACGUGACUUUGUUUUGAGAUUGAAGUGACAAGGUGUGCCCCUGUUCCCACAUUGGCAUACACCAAAUGCACAUAUGUAUAUGACAUCAAUGCUACAAUGUUCUACUAAUUAUUCAGAUGUGAUACCGGACGAGAUUUACUAUUUUAAUAGGUAUGUCAUGUAGAUUUGCUUCGAAAAGAUGAUGACCAAUUUCACCCACCGUGACGCUUAUCCUUAUGCCUUAACAUGUGUGCAAUUGUGAGCGAGUGUUAAAAUUCUGUUUAUUUCUGCUCUUGUUCUUCAGGAGAGUUAUGAAACUGUAACAGCAUAUUAUUCAAUGAAACUGUAACAGCA